AUGGCUCCAUUUUCGAACUGGAUCGCACUACUUUCCACCCCCUUUCUGGUUCAGGAUUUCGUGGUUCAUGCAUUGCCGAACCCUGAAUCAUUACUCGACCAACGGAGCUCGGGAGCGGCCCCUGCGCCUCGAGUCCUUCUUCCUAGAGGGCGAAACGCAAUUGACGGUCUCACUUCGACCGACCUUGUCAAGCGAGAGCCCGCCGAGCCACCUGCGAGUAAUGGCGUUCCAGGCAAACACUCAACAACGCAUACAACGGGCAGGGAGCAUCGCGUUGGUGGAAAGCCCCCCAGUCCGAAUCAGCAGAAGGCGGUAGCAAAGGGUCGUCAUCCUCCUCAAACGCGACUCACUGCUAUCGAAGCAGCCAGAGGAGGUACGGUCAUCAAAUCAGGUAGCGACCAGGUCGGGUCUGCGAAACCAGCUGGAAAGGGAUUGGGAGAAAGCAAAAUAGGGCUGGGUGAUCCUCCGCACCCUGCGCCCGCGGAGAAUCCCUGCGCCAGAUUUCCAAUGGAGACGGACGUUGAUUUCGUGGGAACUGUUUAUUAUAGCCUCAUCAAAGGCGCCGUGCACCAGCUCAGUGAGCCUGAGUGCCCCCCGGGAAGCAUAGGCCACACGUACUCCUUCUCCACUAGUUGGAGCGUCAGCGGCCAGAUUGGCCCGGAUAUGAAAGCCACACUCCCUGGUCUCACCCGCUUUAAGAAAUAUCUUGACAAAUUAGGCAUCAGAGCGGGCGUCGCGUAUUCCUGGACGCGAUAUUCAGGUACUUUGCCCCGCACACCGUUGGAACUAUUCCUUUUUGUGUUCUGCAUACUAUUCACUCGAGGAAUGGAGAGUACUGCUUCCGCUAACGACGUUUGA